AUGUCACUAGGGGUAGGUUAAAUGGUCCCUAAAGAACUUUCAAGAGCCCCUAGAGUUACCCCUCUAGGGACCUUUCUGACGUUCCUAAGAAGAUCCGGUUAUUAAUAACUCAAGCCGAAUCUUGCAAGUUCGGUACUUUGACGGAAGUCUUCAGAUCGACUCUUGGACGAGGUUCAAGAUUCGCCGCCAUAAUUGGGUGCAGGGUUUGGCACUCGAGAUAAAGCCCCCUUCCGAAGAAGACGACGAAGAUUCCCACGCCACGACGACGGCCAACAACAACACAAAAACACUAAUUGACAAAUCCGCUCUUCGAGGUGAGCUAGAGCACAUCUGAAGCCAGAGGAGGGGAAGGAGAAAGAUGGAGCAACACCCAUUUUACUCGUCCAUCCGUGUCCUCCCACUCCAGUCGUCGUCGCCGACUUCUUUUCCCCCUUCCCUUUGGCCCCUCUACGUCUGAUUUGAUUAUCCAACUUCGAGUACCGACUAUUUGUUGCUUUAUUGGUCUGGUAUAUACUCAUAAAUGAAAUCGUUUCAAAUAUUCAGCAUUUCUCCAUAGAGCGCAAGUUCUUUUUUUUUUACUUAUGCCGACUUUUUGAAGUUUUACAUUCUUUUUCAUCUUUUUCAUCUUUUUUUUUUAAUUCUCUGAUUUGAUUAUCCAACUUAGAGUAAAAGUCCAGUAGACACUCAUGAAAAAAACCAUAUCGAAUAUUCAAAAUUUAUCUAUAGAGCGCAAGUUCCUUUUAAAAUUCUGCCAACAGAAAGAGAAACCUUUUUUCAAAUUUACACUUUUUGAACCCUCUGAUUUCAUUAUUAUGCAACUUCGAGUACCGAGCAUUUGUUUUUUAUGAGCCCAUGAAAAAUCGAAAAAUAAAAAAAAUAGUCUUGAAACUUCAUACCUAGCCUUUUUUUGAAGAUUUUUAUCUUUCGUCGAGAAAAAUCUCUCGGACAUUGGAUUUUUCUCUUCCAGAGCUUUAACAUGAGCAAUAUAGAUUAUAAUGAAAAACCUGUAUUUUUCUACCUUUCAUGGCGUUCUUUCUUAAUUAUUAAAAUACAAUCAAUAACUUUUUUUCGAAAUCAAAAUCAAUUCAAAAAAAUUUGCGGAAAAAAAGUCAGCUUUAUCUCGUCGAAAAAUCUCAAAGUCGUAGACCAAUAAAUUCAAUUGCAAAAUGAGGCGUAAUUGCCGCAUUUUCACGAUUUUUAUCUUUCUAAAGAACCUUUCUCAUAUUAUUAAAUUAUCGAAAGUGAAAAAAGUCUAUAAAGAGCGUCUGGCCCUUUUUAAUUUUGUUCUCUAUCAAUUUUCAUCGUCUUCCUUUCAUAUUUUUUUGUCUACAAAUCAUGCCAAGACGUCUAAACCUCUCUUUUCGCCCACUAUCUCGCUGAUCCUAUGCAGACCUCAGUACCUAAACUAUAUCUACAAAAAGGCUUUCCAACAUUUUCCAAAAAAAGGAGUCCCAUCUCCCACUUCAAUUUCAUUCCGACACGACCAAAAUGAUUGAAAACAUUUGCACUGGGGCCGCUUUUGAUGAACUUCCGCCGCCGCCGAAACUGGCCCCGCAGUCCGAUUUUUAUUAUCCCCAUAGCACGCGUUUUCUACUGAAAACGUUCAGAAAAAGCCAGGAGGAGGCGAAAAAGAAAGGAUUGAGCCUCGUCUAUCUGCCUAAUAGUACUAGUUUACAAUUAGAGGAGUGUGGAAAAGUUUUUCGAGUUUGAUGACUUGAAAUCUGAUUAAGCUUCAAAUUAUUUUCUUAAUAGCAUUAAAAAACAUGCACUACUUUAAAAAAAGAAAGAUUCAGCUGAUCAUUUUGAAACAUCCUGAAAUGUUAAAAAUAAUAUUUUCCCCAGCCUUCAAACCACGCUCCUUAAAUUCUCAGAACAAAUUCCAAAAAGGAAAAAUCUUUUGUGGCCAGAAAUUUCUCGGUGUCAAACGAAAUUAAUAAUUAACCAUUUCAAUUGUUUCAAAAACGCGCCGGACCGAGAAAUCUUGAAUCCGCGCCAAGAUUUCGCAUAUUUUUCUCACCCUGCGCUCACUUUUUGUUUAUUUCCUCCAAAGAAUAUUAUUAUUUUUCCGAAAAUCACACAUUUAGAUAAGGAUCAGAAAAAUGACUAACACUCACGCAAGGCACCAAAACUGCUAUAAUAAAAACAAAAAAAGUUUUUUUUUCUGGACUAAUCUUACAUGCCCCGCUUCCUGAACUAAAACUUAUCUGAAGGGUUUUUCAUUUUUCAAUUCACUUUCCAAAGAUGCAAAGAGUUAUUUUCACCUAGAUUGCAAAACUUUCAGAGAUCUUAUAAAUUUUUUUCUGAGCAGUUGAAAGAUCUUGGACCAAUCAGAAAGAACAUCUUUCAAAAAAAUCAAAGAAAUUAGAAACUCUUGAACUUACUUUUUAACUUUAAAGGUUCCGUAUACUUAUUACCAUUUCAAUUGACAAACGAAAAUUGAAUUAAAAAAAAUUAAGGGACUUUAAACUCCUGGUUCUAGCUUCGGAAUAAACUCCAGAGUGUCAAAUCACUCUCAAAUCCUCGAGUAGAAAACUUCCAGAUAUUUUUUUAAAUAUCUUUAAUCAGUUAAAAGGUCUCAUAUCCUUUUUUUGAAGGUCUAUUUUUUUAAAAAAACUUUCCUUUUUCGCCAUUUUCCAUAUCUCAACCCAACCCUUUCUUCGCCUUUUUUUAUUUAAAUUUCCCAAUUAAACCAAAAACGACACUCUGAGAGCCUUAAUCUUGAGGAACCAACUCCAAAAAAAUACUUUCAGGAGCUCAAACAUGAUGGUUUGGUUGCGAAGCCAGGUCUCUAUCAAAAAAACUUUUUAAUUAAUAAAAAAAUCCUCUAGACUCACUCCAAAGCCCUGAAAAAGGUCACCUUCAAAAAACUGUCAUUUUUUCGCUAUUUUUCAUCUCGACCUAACCCUCCCCUUCACCUUGGAUUGCCAAACGAAAACCAAAUAAAACGACGGGGAAUUUCGGAGAAGAGCACCUCCUUUCGGGGAAUAUUAAAAUCACGGGACGUUUGUGCACGAUUUGACAAGCAGAUUGCAUUAACGGCGGGGUGCAGACAGAAGUCGCACGUCUUCAAGUCUUCAAAACGUCCCCUUCCCACCACUUCUUACUCCCAUUUUCCCACCUAUUUCGACUCCUCGACAACACGACGACAAGCCCACGUCACAGCGCUUCAAAUCCAGGUUUUUCUCCUGCUUGCUGGGAUUUUCGAAGGAGCAGAGAAAAUUUGGAAAAAAUAUCGAGAAAGAAACUCAGUAUUUUUUUUUGCUGAACCCCAAACCAAUCUUUCGGACGCCACUUCUUAACAUUUAAAAAAUUUUUAGAGGCAAGAGCGAUGCCUUUUAAGGCACCUUUUAAAAAGAUCUUUUGAAAAAACCAAAACUCCUUUUCCAACUCCUUUCUCUAUAUUUUCAUGCCCAACAUCAUCCUUGAAGAUACUAAAAAUAAAAGAAAAAAAGGUCACCGUCGCAAUUUUUUGAGAAAUCCGAUAGGAAGAUAACAGAGAGUUCGUUCCGUUCAAGUCCCAAAAAAAGUGCGAAAAAAAGGAUGAGGUCGAAAUCUUGAAUCUCUUUGGACCCAUGGGUUCAAACUACGUGAAUACCCUCAAAAAGAAUUGACCAAAAAAAUUCAAAAAAAUAAAAAAAUUGAAACCAGUGCUGAAAAUUAUUUUUUUAUAAAGUUUUUUUCUAAAUGUUUUUUUAUCAAAAUCGUCGUUUUUUUCUACAACUACCUUCUAUUCGUAUUCGCUAACCGAAACUUCUCAAAAAUUCAACUUUAAAUAAAGUUAUAUAAUUUCCAGGUGCCAUGUGAUGGUGGCUCGAAUCGCCGUCUGCCAUGCCUGUGCACUGUUGCUCGCCUUAUUGCUCACACCAACAGGUUAGUGCUCAUAUUACAAAAAAUGCUUCUCCAGUUUCCUUCUUUGUUAGCUUUUAUCUCAUCAUUGUCCUUCUCUCAAUAAAGAUUUCUGUAGGGAGAGCCCUAAAGGACACACUUCAACGUUCUGACUUCGAAUUAUGUCUUUUUUUAUUAAUACUCAUCCAAAACUUGGAAGAAAUAACGAUAGAGGGCAUGUUUUUUGGAAGAAAACUUCUGUUGGAAAGCUUUUUCUUGGUCGUUUUUUGCUCCAUUUUCGCAAAAUCUCAAUAAUACACAACUAAAAUCAUCAAUAAAUGCACCAUAUUCUUUUUUUUUACUACUUCAGUCCCUUUACUCAAUUUCCGUACAAUCUUAAAAGUACCUAACUAAAAUCAUCCAUGAAAGCCAAAAUCAAUCUUUUAUUAUUUUACAGUCCUGAGCAUCACCUGCUACGACUGCCACUCGGACCAAGGGACCUGCAAUGAGGGCGAAUGCGAGGGAUUGGUCUGCAUCAAAAUGGAGACGUCCAAUAAGGACAAUGGUUGGUUUUCGGACCAAGGCAGAUUUUUCGGAGUAAAGGCGCUCCUUGGAUCAAAACUUGAGGCAAAAAAUUUGUCAAAUCUUUAUUUUGACUUAACGAUUAGCCAGGGUUUUUUUUAAUAUCUACAAACGCUCUAGCGCUAGCCCAAUGAAAUAGCUAUUAUUCUUUAUUAAAAAUAUGUUUUUUCGCUUUGAAAUCGCCUCGAAAAACAAUUGGGAAUCUAACAUUUUCCGAAUAUUCAGAACGGAAAACGAUUCAAAAGAGCUGCGGCGACGAGAUGGAGGAAAUGUCGUGCCAACAGUCGGCUUUUGGCAGCAAAUGGAUGAGUCGCUGUGUCUGUGAUACGCCUUUUUGCAACGCCGAUCAGGUUUUUAUUUUCUUCAAACGGAAUUAGUUCGUUAGUAAAAAAAGGGAGCUUUCAAUACAUAUAGAGAAAAGCUGAAGCUUUUGGAUCAACUUUUAAAAAAGUAAUAUGAGAGGAAAAUGAGCCAAUUAAAGGCACAGGGGUAGUAAAAGGGGGUUUGAGGCGAAAGCAAUAUUUUGUAGCUUUUUUUAUUGCCCCGGUAUAUUCAAUGAAUCCAAAAUGAGGUAUUUUUGAAAAAAAACGCGAUUUUAUAUUCCCGAAUUACAGUUUUGAAAACCGUGAGGGAUUGGUGUACAGAAAACUGUUAAAUAAACUGAAAAAUGGAAGAUUUGUCAGUAGAGCAACUUUGCUGCAAAACUGGCUUUUGGUUAGAAUUAAAACAUAUUCUUCUCCAAUUUUAAAUCUUUUUAUUCUCCAAAAACAAGAGAGUCCUGUACUUUUUCAAUUAUACUGUUCGAACUUAGAGCUCUAAAAAAUGACACAUUCAUCUCAAAUCCCAUUUUUUGUUGCCCGUAUGCCUUUAACAAGACCUUUUUGAUCAAGCCCUUUUGAUAACCUAAUAAUGUUUUUGCUUCUUAACUAUUCUAAAUCGUUCCAGGCCCUGGUGGACGCCGGUCUCGAGCCGUCCUCAGCCCCACCGCCGGCCGGCCACUACACCCAAUUCGCGCUUCUCGUCGCCAUUUUGGUUUUCGUCGGCGCCAGCUGCUCCCUUAUUCUUAUCGCCACCGUUUGCGUCCAGUUCUGUUGA